AUGGACGAAUUAUUCAGGCUGUCCCAAGAGCACUUUGAUCUUCAGACCUCGCUCUGCGCGGGAGACGGGCCAAGGGGACGCGGGCUCUUCUCGCGCGACGGCACGCCCUACGGCGCCGCCAUGGAGCUGCCGUUGCACCACUGUUUGUGUCUACCCGUCGACCCGCUCACGACGCCGUCGGUGAUCUCGACCGAGAACCUCCGGCGCUUCCAGCAGGCCCACGGCGCCCUGCCCGAGCAGCUGGAGGACUUCCUCUGGUCCGCCGAGCGCUGGGACAUCCGCCUGACCGCCUUCCUGCUGUGGAUGGCGCGCACGGCGCGGAAACCCGAUGUCGUCCCGGACCGGUCGCCGGAGUCCACGGCGCUGUGGCAGGCGUACACGGCCUCCCUGCCCAGCGGCGAGGAGCUCGCGUGCCUGCUAAUGUUCGCGCCCAGCGACAGAUACGAGCUGCAGUCCAUGUCGCUGGAACGCGAGGCGUCGCGGCAGCGGGACUGGGCGUUCGGGUUGCACCACGCGUUCUUCGACGCCACGCGCGGCGAGCUCGGGGCGCUGAAGCUCGCGCGGACGCCCGCGGACACGUUGUGGGCGCUGGGGUGCGUUCGCAGUCGCACGUUCGCCGACGACCCUGAGAACGGCGGCGGGGAGUCGCUGGUGCUGCUGGCGCCCGUGGCGGACCUCGCGAACCACGACACGGACUACAACGCGACGUUCGAGGUCGACGACGCCGCGGGGGUGUUCCGGCUGUGGGCCAACAUGGACAUGGAGGCCGGGACCGAGUUCUGCAUUUCGUACGGCGAGGACAAGUCCUCCGACGAGCUGAUGCGCGACUACGGCUUCUCGCUGUCCGGGAACCCCAACGACAGGCUCGACGUGCCGCGCCGCCUGUCAUGCGCGCAGCCCCCCGAGGGAGUCGAUCUGGACGAGGACCCCCACUGGUCGCGGCCCCCGCAGAUGCGGCGCGAGCUGCUCGCGCUCGACCUGCCGACCCUCGAGCGCGCACGGGACGUCGUCGUCUCGAGGCGCGGGCGCAAGGCGGCGCAGAUCGACCCGACGGUGGACGCGCGGCGGUGGCACUCCGUGUUCGAGAGCUUGCCGUUGAUGCGGGACGUCGGGCCGGGGGGCGUGAAGCCAGAGAAGCAGCGCGAGUUCGACUCGGCAGGCAUUCUGGAGGACAUGGUCCGUGCGCGCCAGUCGGAGAUGCUGCUGAGCGCUGCGCAGGACAGGGAGCUGCUGAGCAGCGGGGGCCUGUCGCCGCGGAUGGCAGCGGCGGUGGCUGCGCGGGCGGAGCGCAAGGUGCUGAUCGAGAUGACCAUCGAGGUGCUGCGGUCGUAUCGCACAGUCAUCCGGAAACGUCCCGAGUGA